AUAUCACCGUCGCGGACUCUUCAUCGUUCCAUAAUUAAUUUCGAUUGUUGUCUUCCUUCUCGCUCUGCUGAUGACGAUGGGCUCUCGUAUGGCCGGAUCGGCGCUGUUUCGACACCUCGGCCCUCGCCUCUUCUCCGCCGCCUCUGCAUCCCGCUCCUCCGCCGCUCUGGAACCGUCGUUUUCGCUGCUCCAGUCCUCCUCGCUUUCCCCCUCCCCGGUGCUUUUGCGCCUCUUCCCUGUCCGAAUGGCCAGCACUUCGGCGUCUCCGGCUCUCGGCGGCGAGGCGCAUAAGGAGGAUGAGGCGAAGUCUGCUGCCGCCGUCCAUCCUAGCGAAGGCAAGCACGUUUCGAGUUAUUGGGGCAUCGAGCGGUACAAGAUCACAAAGGAGGACGGCACUCCUUGGAGGUGGUCUUGCUUCACGCCAUGGGAGGCGUACAAGUCCGAUACCUCGAUCGAUCUGAAUAAGCACCACGUCCCCACCACCUUCCUCGACAAGAUCGCCUACUGGACUGUCAAAAUCCUACGAUUCCCCACCGAUAUCUUCUUCCAGAGGAGGUACGGAUGCCGCGCGAUGAUGUUGGAGACGGUGGCGGCGGUCCCUGGGAUGGUGGGCGGCAUGUUUCUCCACUUGCGGUCGCUUCGCCGCUUCGAGCACAGCGGCGGUUGGAUCCGCGCGCUGCUGGAGGAGGCGGAGAAUGAGCGGAUGCACCUGAUGACCUUCAUGGAAGUGGCGCAGCCGCGGUGGUACGAACGGGCCCUGGUGCUUGCGGUGCAGGGCGUCUUCUUCAACGCCUACUUCCUGGGCUACCUGGUAUCGCCCAAGUUCGCCCAUCGGGUGGUCGGUUACCUGGAGGAGGAGGCCAUCCACUCCUACACCGAGUACCUUAAGGACCUGGAGGCGGGCAAGAUCGAGAACGUCCCCGCCCCUGCCAUUGCCAUCGACUAUUGGUGCCUCCCGCCCGACGCCACGCUCAAGGACGUCGUCACUGUCGUCCGCGCCGACGAGGCUCACCACCGCGAUGUCAACCACUUCGCUUCGGAUAUUCAUUACCAGGGAAUGGAGCUGAAAAGUACACCUGCGCCGCUGGGCUAUCACUGAAAUGCUGUUCUCCUUGUUGCUCAUCACUAGUAGAAAUUGUAGAGGUAUUAUGAAAAAAAAAUAAUUUGUUUGUUUGAUUGUGAUCCCGUAUUAUACAGACAUAUCAAAUGAUAUGUAAACCCUAUUUGAGAGUCACAAUUGCAGUGCCAUCUUUCACCGGUUA